UGCGCGCCCACAGACACCCGUUACAAACUGUCCGUUUAAGUCAAUCGUAUCUAUUUCCACGUAAAGAACAUUAUCAAUAAGAUUCACAGGACAAUUCAUGGAGUACAACAGUGCACAUCCCUGCAGAUAUACUAACUAACAAUGUUUACAUGUUUAUUAUUGCGCAUAUAAUAAGAAAGUUGGUUGUUAUUGAUCUGAUAAACACUGUUGUGGACAGGUGGAAGCGGGUCAUUCAGUUUGUGUAAAUCACAUUUAUUUAAUUCUGCCGCUGAAGUCGUGCGCGAGCGUCCCGCCCAUCAGCAGUCUGUGCGGGCGCGCUCCGGUGUCCCGUGCGCCGUGACGCAGCCGGGUCCGCCGCGCGAAGAAGUGGCGCUGUUGUUUGAGCGUCGGGACAGUCUCGCACUGUCUCGUGGGUUCAUCUGAAGAGAUUUUUUAAACCUUGUUUCGGUGACUUCUUCCGUUCAUGAACCGGGACUGAUCGCGCUCGACCAUUCUCUCGUGCCGUCCGGAGAACAUAAUCGCGAUAAAUGGCUGCUGAGGUGAAUGGCAGCUCAGGUCUGGUGAAGGAGGAAGAGGAGCCCAUGGAUGUGUCGGGCUCACACUCGGAGAACUAUCAGACUCUGCUGGACGCUGGACUGCCACAGAAAGUUGCUGAGAGCCUGGACAACAUCUUUCAGACCGGUCUGGUGGCGUAUGCUGAUUUGGACGAGCGGGCGCUUGACGCUCUGCGGGAGUUUAAUGAAGAGGGAGCACUGUCCGUCCUGCAGCAGUUCAAAGAGUCUGACCUCUCUCAUGUGCAGAAUAAGAGUGCUUUCCUGUGUGGGGUGAUGAAGACGUACAGACAGAGAGAAAAACAGGGCAAUAAAGUUCAGGAGUCGACGAAGGGCCCCGAUGAGUCGAAGAUAAAGGCUCUGCUGGAGAGGACGGGAUACACUCUAGAUGUCACGACAGGACAGAGGAAGUAUGGCGGCCCCCCGCCGGAGGAAGUGUACUCGGGCCAGCAGCCGGGCAUCGGCACCGAGGUGUUUGUGGGUAAGAUCCCUCGUGACCUGUACGAGGACGAGCUGGUUCCUCUGUUCGAGAACGCCGGUCCCAUCUGGGAUCUGAGGUUGAUGAUGGACCCGCUCACGGGUCAGAAUCGCGGCUACGCCUUCAUCACGUUCUGCAGUAAAGACGCCGCGCAGGAAGCUGUCAAACUGUGUGACAACUAUGAAAUCCGCUCGGGGAAAUAUCUGGGCGUGUGCAUCUCUGUGGCCAAUAAUCGUCUCUUCGUUGGAUCUAUUCCUAAGAAUAAGACGAGGGAAAGUAUCCUGGAAGACUUUGGCAAAGUUACAGAGGGUUUGCAGGAGGUGAUUUUAUACACUCAGCCAGAUGAUAAAAAGAAGAAUCGCGGUUUCUGUUUUCUGGAGUAUGAAGAUCAUAAAUCGGCUGCUCAGGCUCGCCGCAGGCUCAUGAGUGGGAAGGUGAAGGUUUGGGGAAACCCUGUGACGGUGGAAUGGGCCGACCCGGUCGCUGAGCCCGACCCAGAGGUCAUGGCCAAAGUAAAGGUUCUGUUUGUGCGUAAGCUGGCCACUCCCGUCACAGAGGAGCUACUGGAGAAAACCUUCUCCCAGUUCGGUAAACUGGAGCGUGUCAAGAAGCUGAAAGACUACGCAUUCGUUCACUUUGAGGAGCGAGAUGCUGCAGUCAAGGCCAUGCAGGAGAUGAACGGGAAGGAGCUCGGCGGUGAGGAGAUCGAGAUCGUGCUGGCAAAGCCUCCGGAUAAGAAGAGAAAAGAACGUCAAGCAGCGAGACAAACCAGCAGAAACACAGGGUAUGAUGAUUAUUACUACUACCCUCCCCCUCGCAUGCCUCCCCUGGGACGCGGUCGUGGCCGUGGCGGACGGGGGGCCUACGCCUAUCCCCCCGAUUACUACGGUUACGAGGAUUACUAUGACGAUUACUACGGUUACGACUACCACGAUUACCGAGGUGGCUACGACGACCCAUACUAUGGCUACGACGACGGUUACUCCAUGAGGGGGCGUGGAAGUCGCGGCAGCCGCGGGGCUCCACCUCCACCCCGAACCCGUGCCGCUCCUCCAACCCGCGGCCGAGGCGGCUAUCCUCCGAGAGGCGGGGCUCCCAUGGGAGCGGGUCGGGGUGGCCGCGGGGGACGCGGCGGGCCCUUUCAGCUUCCGAGGGGCCGCGGUACUCGAGGCGCCCGGGGGAACCGUGGCGGUAACGUCGGCGGGAAGAGGAAGGCGGACGUAUUUAACCAGCCGGACUCCAAACGGCGCCAGACCACCAACCAGCAAAACUGGGGCACGCAACCCAUCGCUCAGCAACCCCUGCAGCAGGGCUCCGAUUACUCCGGUAACUACGGUUACAGCAACGACACGCUCGAGUUCUCCCAAGACUCCUACGGCCAGCAGUGGAAGUAGAUGAGCAACAUCUGUGAAACACCUCCUGAGAAACGAGACCUGUGAUUGGCCAGCAGUGUUUGUUUGACUUUUCUAUUCUCCGAUUCCCUUGUAGAUUCUGUCCGUGACCCACAACUGACUUGACAAAUCCUGAUAGGCUAAAGAGCAGAAUGUAUCUGAUGCCCCUGAGCUUCAACCGAGCGGGACGUUUGUCUUAGAUCACUUUUAUUCUUACGGUUUUCCUUGUUUUAAAAUCAACAAUGAACAUUUUAAAGAACAUUCUGAUGCUUCAUCAAGCGUACGUUUGAGAGGACUUUCAAAUCAUGAAAUGGUCUAUAAGGUGUCCUUUCCACAGUCCUCCAUCUCUCUCCCUCUCUCUCUCUCUCUCUCUCUCUCUCUCCCUCUCUCUCUCUCUCUCCCUCUCUCUCUCUCUCCCUCUCUCCCUCUCUCUCUCUCUCUCUCUCUCUCUCUCUCUCUCUCUCUCUCUCUCUCNCUCUCUCUCUCUCUCUCUCUCCCUCCCUCUCUCUCUCUCUCUCUCUCUCUCUCCCUCCCUCCCUCUCUCUUAGUAGUAGUAGCAUUAGGGACUCGCUGUAAAUACCGGCUGUUGACUAGAGCUUGAUUUUCAUCCAUUACUGGUUUUUGCAGAAGUGGAGAAAAGAAUCCACAGAAGGAAAAAAGAGUUUUGUAGCAGGAGUGCUGUUAAACGUGUCUGUUAGCCUUUCUAGAAGUAGUUGAAUUGUGUUUUUUAAAAACUGAUAAUCUGAUAUUACUUCAGAUGUUUGUUUGUUUUUUUCAUUUCAGGGUUUGGUCUGGCUUACCUUAAGAGCGGCUGGUCGGAUGUUUGUAUUUAUAACUUUUCUUUUUUGUUGGUUUCAAUAAAACUCAAUCGAGCAACUUCCAAAAGAGGCUUUAAAUUCAGUGUUGAUAUUGUGUUUUAUUGCAUUUUUACAUGCAUAUAUUUCAUUUGGGCUAGCCUUGAAUAUGAUAUUACAGUUCUAUUUGUUGCCGCUAGUGGUGCAGAAAUCACACUUGUCACACAGGUUUUAUCUCAGUUACCAGAAGGAUUACGUCUGAGCCAAAGCCCUUUUACACGCAUCUGUUUUCUUUGUCAAUUCUUUUCAAUGUUGGUUUCAUAUUCAAAUGUUUUCCAAUCAGAUUUUUUCUGUGAGUUAUUCCUGAUACUAAUUACAUUUGCACAAAUCAUUUACAUUUUUAUGUAAAAUGUUAACAAUAACUGCACACCUGAAUACACUAGUAUAUAUUCAUUUGAGGGUCAAAUAUU